AUGAGACUAACCUGGCUGGCUUUCGCGGCGGUUGCCGUAGCACGACAGGCCCAUGUCGGAUCGAAUGGAAUUAUCCAGGGCCACGAAGCAUCGAAGAAUCCGGGAGUCACAGAAUGGCUAGGGGUUCCUUACGCGCAGCCGCCGGUCGACCAAUUGCGAUUCGCACCGCCCCAACCCUACACGCCCAGAGGUGUUCACAUCGCUUCAGAAUACGGGAAAGACUGCAUGUACUCGGUGUCGAAGCUAGUCGACUAUCCCGACAAAACUCCCCAAUUUGGCAGCAUCUUCGAGGCCUUUGCGGCUAUUAAUAACAAUACCCAAAGUGAAGAUUGCUUGACUUUGAAUGUUUGGUCAAAGCAAGACUCAAAGCAACCCAAGCCCGUCUAUAUCCAUUUUUACGGUGGCAGAUGGACAAGUGGCACGACCAAUACUCCCUUUUAUUAUGGAGGCGGAUUUGCUGACGCAGAGGAUGUAAUUGUUGUGACGGUCAACUCCCGCAUGAACAUCUUCGGAUUUCCUGGUCUGCCUGGGCAUCCUCCUAACCCUGGUCUACUAGACCAACGUUUGGCAGUUGAGUGGGUGAAGAAAAACAUUCAUGGAUUUGGGGGCGACCCAAACCGUGUUACUAUAUCUGGCCAGUCCUGUGGUAGUGCUGCUGUUGAUUAUUGGGCAUACGCCUACCAGUCCGAGCCCCUAGUUGCCGGUUUGAUCUCGCAUUCCGGCACAGCCAUCAGCUUCCCAACAAAUAACAGGACAACCGCAGCAGAACAUUGGUAUACCGUGUCUGACCAGUUAGGCUGUGGGUCUUCAGGGGAUGUCCUGCCGUGCAUGAGAAAGCAGAAUGCGAGUGCAAUCCUCGCUGCUGCUAGUGCGGUCAAGGUUCCGACCACGAACCCUGCGAGGAAAGCCCCCGCUUUCCAGCCCACUGUGGACGAUGUGACCGUUUUUGAGAAUUAUACUCUUCUUUCGCAGCAAGGGAAAUUCGCCCGUAUCCCCUACUUGGUCGGACACAAUGCCAAUGAAGCGGGAUUCUACAAAAUUGCGACCUACGCCCAGGGAUCUACCUUGACAGAUGAACAGUGGGAUGACUUCAAUAUGCAAACGUUCUUCUGCCCAUCCAAUUUCGAAGCUGCCCAUCGAAGUCGUCGACAUACACCAGUUUGGCGGUUUCAAUAUAACGCCGAUUGGGAUAAUACCCGUCUUUACCCCACUAGUGGCGCAUACCAUGGCGUCGAGUUUAACAUGAUUUUUGGAGAAUCCGCCGAAGUUACCGGGAUCGCCGAGUCCGAUACGCAGCGCCAGCUGCAGGAGGAGAUGCGUUCGGCUUGGGGCACAUUUAUCGCCGAUCCCCAAAACGGACUAAGAGCUAUGGGAUGGCCAAGUUAUAAUCCCGAAGCUUUGACCCUUGCUGAGAUCGGUCUUGAUAACCAUCCCGGCGUGUCUUUUGUAAGCACGAAAAACUCCUCUCAGCGGUGUGCAGCUUUGCUGGCGCAAAUAUGA